GCCCGCUGGGAGCUGUCCAGUGCUGAAGCCCGUGCCGACAGCCAAUCGCGCCGGCCAGCCGCCUCCCCCACCGGGCCUCCGGUGCCCCGCGAGAGCCCCCCGCCCGGCUGCACCAUGCCGCGUUCCUUCCUGGUGAAGAAGAUCAAAGCGGAUGGCUUCCAGUGCAGCGGGGUGCCAGCCCCCACCUACCACCCCCUGGAGACUGCCUACGUGCUGCCCGGUACCCGCGGGCCUCCGGGGGACAACGGUUAUGUGGCGCACUGCAUGCCCCCCAGCGGUUAUGAUGGCGAGCAGAAGCCUGGGCUGGAGCUGGCGCCCGCCGAGCCCGCCUACCCGGCCGCGGCGUCCGAGGAGUACAGCGACCCCGAGAGCCCACAGUCCAGCCUGUCGGCGCGCUACUUCCGCGGGGAGGCGGCCGUGACCGACAGCUACUCCAUGGACGCCUUCUUCAUUUCUGAUGGGCGUUCGCGGCGGCGCCGGGCCGGGGCUGGCGGGGACGCAGCAGGCGCAGGGGAUGCGGGCGGCGGCGGGGAGCGCGCGGGGCGCUCGGGGGCGACGGCGGGAGGCGGGCACCGGCACGCAUGCGCAGAGUGCGGCAAGACGUACGCCACGUCGUCGAACCUGAGCCGCCACAAGCAGACGCACCGCAGCCUGGACAGCCAGCUGGCGCGCAAGUGCCCGACGUGUGGCAAGGCCUACGUGUCUAUGCCCGCGCUCGCCAUGCACGUGCUCACGCACAACCUGCGCCACAAGUGCGGCGUGUGCGGCAAGGCCUUCUCCCGGCCCUGGCUGCUCCAGGGCCACAUGCGCUCGCACACCGGCGAGAAGCCCUUCGGUUGCGCGCACUGCGGCAAGGCCUUCGCCGACCGCUCCAACCUGCGCGCGCACAUGCAGACGCACUCGGCCUUCAAGCACUACCGCUGCCGCCAGUGCGACAAGAGCUUCGCGCUCAAGUCCUACCUCCACAAGCACUGCGAGGCUGCCUGCGUGAAGGCCGCCGAGCCUCCGCCUUCCGCCGGCCCGGCCAGCUGAGCCUCUGCCAUGCGGGAUGCCCGCAGAGGCUUCUCCCAUCCCUCAGUCUUCGUCUCCCCUGCCUGCGCCCUGGGUGGGGUGGGGAUGAGCCCUAUCUUGGCCUAGAACUUUCUUUUCAACCCCGACUAAGCCCACCAUUCAUUUCCUGCAUCUGAUCUUCCUUCGCACCCACCUACUUUGUCCAUUCUGGCCACCACUCGGACCUUGACCCCAUGUCUGGCCUUUAAGGCUCCCAACUCAGGCACCAGGUCCGAACCUCUUCCAGGUCCCGGCUCUGGAAGUUUCUCCGGCCCCGACUCUAGGCUGUGUUCCUUAACUAGAUCUCUCUUCGCAUUUCUCAGCUGAGUCAUUGGCCAUUCCUUUAUUGGAGCCCUCAAUCUAAACCCAAAUGUACCCUUGAUUUCCUAUCUGCCUCAGUUUUCCUGUUCACACAGUCCUA